GCCGCUGAUAUGCUCAUGUCGCGCGGGAAAGUGGCGCCUGCGCAGUAUCUCUACUCGCUCUCGCAGAGCCAGCCAGACGGCUGGGUGGCGCGCCUAGGAACCUUCGGGCGUCUGCAGGAGCUGGCUUUAUGGCGCAUUAGCUCGGGCGCGCUGGGCUGCGCCGCCGUGGCCGUCAAGCUGCUAGCUUCGCUGCUGCAGUGCGCCACCCGAGAUGAGGCCAUCUUCGACCCGAGCGUAAAGUUCACAUCACUCAGCACGAUGGAACUCUCUGAACUAUCAUCCAUAGCCGCUUCCAUCGGCUUAUGGGAUCUAGUGCCCAUAUUCAGCGUACACCGAGGACAACCCAACCUAAUGGUGACCGCGCUAAAGGCCCGCAGCGAACUGUGUAGAGGCGCCUUAGACUGCUUGCUUGGACAGAGAUGCCUUGUUCCGUUGCUGUUGGAAGAAAACGCACAGUGGCUGUUUGACUUCCUGAUUGAAAAGUGCAACAAGUUUGACACGAAGAUUUUGAAGCGCAUCUGUUUAUGGUUGAAUCCGUUACAAGACCAGCUGCGUCCAGUGAUCCGUGAUAUGAAGCAAGGAAUUAGUUCCAUUUAUACAACCAGAAUGCUGUAUCUAAUAGCGACAUUCAUGCACGUGGCCUCUGCUAUCGAGUCUCGGCACCCCUGCCCUGAUAUUCACUUAGCAAUCACUCAGACCGCUGAGACUUGGAAGCACCAGUUUGUUCCCCGAAGGGCCGUCAGUAGCGGCUUAGCCCAUUGGGCGGUGGUGGAUGAUGGCAACGCCAAGGUGAUGAUGACGAAUACGCCGGUGAAUACGGAGUUAAUCGGGAGGGUGAUCGAUGUGGCUUGCGGCAGACAUCACACGCUGGUGUUGACUGAGAAUGGCAUAUACUCAGCAGGGGAGAACUCCUUCGGUCAACUAGGCGUGGGCUCGGCUUGGGCGGGCGCCGUGGGCGACGCUGCAAAUUCUGCUGGGGCGUUGAUGCACGUGCCGUAUGAAUGGACUGCACCCCUGAUAUCAGUGGCCGCCGGGCACUACCAUUCUGCUGCUAUUGAUGCAGGAGGCCGACUUUAUAUGUGGGGAUGGGGCGUUCACGGCCAACUCGGUCUCGGUAGCAUUGACGAUGAAUGGAGCCCUAAAAUGGUAACCAGAUUUCAAGGAAGAAAGGUUCUUAGCGUCGGUUGUGGGGCCUGUCAUACGGUGAUGUUGAUGCGUAACGGCGAAGUUUGGGCGUGCGGCGCGGCCGUGUUUGGGCAACUGGGCUCGGGCAACCGGGAGAAGAGCUCCGUGCCGGUCCGAAUUACGUUCCCUGAUGCUAUUGACGCUAUAGCGGUCGGAUACUUCCAUAACUUGGCGUUAUCGUGCAAAGGGCAGCUAUACACGUGGGGAGCGAGCCCGCAGCAGGUGCGAGCGGCGCACGCGCGGCGCCAGGCCUCGCCGGCCCCCGACCCGCCGCGCGACCCGCACCUACUACCCGCGGUCGUGGAUACUGCCACUGUGCAGGGACACAUUGUGCGGUUGGCGGCAGGCUGGCAUCACUCAUGUAUUAUGAACAAUUUCGGCACUCUGUACUCUUGGGGCUUAAAUUUCGAUGGACAAUUAGGCAGUGGCGACCGUAAACAGGUGAACGUGCCGACUGAAGUGAAAAUUCGCAAUGAAAAUCAAACAGUUAAAAACGGCAGCUCCAAAACGCCCGACAUUGAGAACAAAGACUUCAAAACUAAGGCGUUGAUGGCUUGCGGCGGGGAUUUCACCAUAUACAUAGACGAAGAAGGUCGUAUAUACGCGACAGGAAAUACUCAUUUGCAAAUAAACAAUGAAAAAGAAAAAGGUACUAACCGCGUGAUAAUGAUGAAAACCACAAAACGCGUCAUCAAAAUACCCGCAAGCCGCAGCAACAACAAGUUCAUCUUCCAGCCCAUCGAUAGGAUCGACAUCAUGUUUCCUUUCGACCUCGAGGACUCGAAAAGAAAACCUAUCGAACCUCGGCAAAACCCACUUCGAUGCAUGAACGAUUUCAAGAAGAAGUCUUGGGCUGACGACAUAAUACUCCUCCUCAAACCUUGGAUCAACGACGAAACGUUGAACGGGAAUCUCAACAUGGCUGCCAAACUGGCUUAUCACAAUAAUAUUUACUCUGACUGUUUGUCUAUGCUCCUAGACGAUCUGAAAACGACGCCCCAAGACGACUGUCUCUAUCUCACUCACACUGAAGUUUUAGAUGAACAGGAAUUAGAUAAAGAUUCGUCACGAAAGAAAGACGAACUCAAGAUUAUCGUAACAAAUGUUAUGUCAAAGCGAAUCAAAGAAGUUUCAUUGACUAUUUUGAACGAGGAGCCUUAUCCUGAAAUAGAUCAGGCGGUCUGUCAGUCUUUGCCUUGUUGUUGCGAUGAACUCAAAUAUUUGCCCAAAGCUGUGACAAAAAGUUCCGUUAUGAACGUUGAACGAAACCUUUCUAUUCAAGCGGCAGAUAUAGUAGACAAAUGCAUGAGCAUUUUCCCAAUCGAUACUCAGCUGUGGGAAACAUGUUUCAGGAAUGCGAAGAAUUUUUUUAUAGACAACAACUUGUCUAUUCCAGAUUUGGAAUCAGUGCUGAAGAAAUAUAUGGAAUCUGAUGCCACUACUAUGGCAGCAGCUAUAAUGUACUCAAACGAUUGUGACCAGUACAGCGAGAUACUCUCGCCGAAGUUUUACUUGAACAUGUGCAGUCAAGUCCUGGACACUUGGGGUUGAAGUCACCAGUGUUCAGUGAAUGGAAAAGAAAUUUGAACCUUCGGGUUUUAAUCCAGUAUUGAUCAUUAUUAUAGAAAGCUAUUUUUGCAUAUUUAUGACAUAUCUUAACGAGGGAAAGCAAAGUGAAAGAAAUUGAAAUGUGUGAUAUUGCACACAAAUAGAUGAACGUUGAAAAUGUCGGAUUCAAUUCUGAAAACGGCGCCAGUGAAGCAGGGAUACACGUAGACUCUAAUAUUAUCGUAUUAAAACUCUUGCCUUGAUUAACAAUGCUCAUAGGUUUUUUGCUUUAGUAUUAUACUUUGUAGCUAGUUGCAAUUUUUUGUCCCAUUUACUAGUUGUGUAAAUCUUUGUUGUGAAUUCAUUGUUAGUGUUAUAUUUUUACAUACCCCAAUUUAUUUUAAUACUGAUGUAGUCAAUGUCCAUUGUUUUUAUGUAUAAGCUAUUAUGAAUUUAACCAUUGUUGUGACUCAUCAAGUAUACUAAAUACAUGUGUUCUCUCUUGCAUCUAGUCAUAGUUAUAGAAUUUUUUGAGACUUUUAUGUUGGCUUUAUCAACCUGUUAUUUUCUUAAUACCCAAUAACUAUUAUACCAUAUAACUCUAAUCAAAUUAAAUCAAUUAUUAUGCAUCCAUA